CACUGUUAAAGCCCCAAAAAACGAAUUCUAGAGAGAGAGAGAGAGAGUGAAUGGGGUUUGCUACAAAUCCUUCUUCUAUAUUCGUCAAAAACCUCUAGUUACCAGUUCCUGUGCCCUAGGGUUUUCUUUUUCUUCAUUCUUUUUCAUUUUUCUUUUUUGCUAUUUUUUUUUUAAAUUUUCCUAUUCGGAUUUUUUUUUUUUUUUUGAAUUUGGAUUUUUUUUUUUUUUUUUUUUAAUCCUUGGUUUUUAGAGACUGAUGUUUGGGUGAGGAAUUUUGGGUUGGGAGGUCAGUUGGUGAGAGAAGGUGAGGAAGAGAUGUACAGAGAGCGUGGAUUAGGUGGGGCUAAGUCGGAGAUGGGUUCCGUUGAUCGGAAGCGGAUCAACGAUGCUUUAGAUAAGCAACUUGAGCGAUCUUCACCGUCUACCUCUAGGGCUGUUGCAAUCAACGGUAGGGAUAAGACGGCGGCUCAGUCGGUUCUGAUGGGUAAAACUCCACCUGAUCAGAGGGACUCUCGCUCUGCCUCUCUUGCCAAAGCCAACGCUUCCGAUGAGGAAUCUGAAACUGACAGUGAAGAGUCUGAUGUUAGUGGUUCUGAUGGGGAUGAUACGUCCUGGAUUUCAUGGUUUUGCAAUCUUCGAGGAAAUGAAUUCUUUUGUGAAGUUGAUGAUGACUACAUACAGGAUGAUUUUAACCUCUGUGGAUUAAGCAGCCAAGUUCCAUAUUAUGAUUAUGCACUUGAUCUGAUAUUGGAUGUUGACUCUUCUCAUGGUGACAUGUUUACAGAGGAACAGAAUGAAUUAGUUGAAUCUGCAGCUGAGAUGCUUUAUGGUCUGAUUCAUGCUCGAUACAUUUUGACAAGCAAAGGGAUGGCCGCUAUGCUAGAGAAGUACAAGAACUAUGACUUUGGGAGAUGCCCAAGGGUUUACUGUGCUGGACAACCUUGUCUCCCAGUUGGCCAAUCAGACAUUCCGCGAUCUAGCACUGUAAAAAUAUACUGCCCCAGAUGUGAAGAUAUCUAUUACCCUCGAUCCAAGUAUCAAGGUAACAUUGAUGGAGCCUAUUUUGGAACCACGUUUCCUCAUCUAUUCCUGAUGACUUAUGGACACCUAAAGCCACACAAAGCAUCACAGAGCUAUGUUCCUAGAGUAUUUGGAUUCAAGCUUCACAAACCAUGAUGCUCAACCUUCAAGCUUCUGUUUGGACCUGGGUUUUACACGAUUACUUGAUCAUUUGUCCUCUGUUUGGCGGUUCCUGUGUUUAUCAAAGUCUAGAUUUUUACUUUUAAAUAUGUGCUGGAAAAGAAUGAUAAAAAAUAGUUCAAAUUUGCAAUCCAUGUCAAGUUUCUUUC